AUGUUCUGUUUAGUGUUUCAGCAGGGAAGACCUCUGUGGCGGAGCCUGAGGAUAUCGUCAACAACAGAAGCAGGAAGUGCUGACUUCAACCUGGACACCAAAACAACCACAGCCAUGUGCUCCAUGAACAAUCCAAACUGGGUGACCUUUGAGGAUGAGGGGAGUACGUCUACGUCCCCUUCUUUUGCCUCAACCCCCUUGAAGAUCCCAGAGAGUGGGACAAAGUUGGCCUCAACACCCCUGAAGUCACCAGGGGCAAAGAUAGGGUCACCCCCUUCCUUUGCCUCUACACCCCUGAAGAUACCCCCAGGUAGUGUGACAACGACAGGGUUAAAGACAAUCCCCCGUCCCAAUGGCCUAAAGCUGGUCCUCCCCCCAGUGGGAGAUCCAUCCUGGAUCUUCAGCAGUUCCCCUCCAAUGCACUUUAACCUCAACGGAAGUUCCUGUGUGCCCUGCAACACUCCUCUUUGCACUCCGGUGAGGGAGGUUCCUCCUACCGGCGCGUUACCUUUCCAUUGCAGGCCCUGGGAUCAGCACGAUUUCUUCCGUAGUUUUUCCAGUUCAUCCUCUGCCUCUGUGCCUUAUUCUUCUUCUCCCCCUGGCCCAGACCAGGCCACCACUACCGGCACCACCACACAUCCCCAGGGUGACGUCUCCGAUGGCCCCAGUACCUUCCCCUCCUUCCAGGGGGACCCGGGACAUUUCAACCCAUUCUGGGAGGGGGCUGGUGGGCAUAGCGUGGACUCUGGGAGCUCAUCUUCUGACUCUGAGUCUGGAGGUUCUAGUCUGCCUCGCUUCUUCAUCCGGACGAAAGACGGCAACGAGCCUCGUCGACCAGACCACCUCCAGAGCUCCUUCUCCUACAUCUGCCACAAGCUGGAGGGCCUGCGGGCCGAGGAAGACAACGAUGCAGAGGAAGGAGUAGUGAUGGAUAGAGGGGAGAGGAGAGGAGGAAGAGACAGGGAGGCAGUCAGGGAGGGACCAUCGCCAGCCUUCGUCUCUCACGGUCUGUUCCGUAGCGAGAAGAGAGACGGUUGGUCUUUAAUGCUGAGGAUCCCAGAGAAGAAAAACCGAAUGUCGUCCCGACAGUGGGGCCCCAUCUACCUGCGUCUGCUGUCUGGAGGGGUGCUCCAGAUGUACUAUGAGAAAGGACUGGAGAAGCCCUUCAAAGAGUUCCAGCUGCAGCCUCACUGCAGGUUGUCAGAUCUCAAGCUGGAGAGCAAUGGAGAGCCUCGCAAGAUCCAGACAGUGAAGGUGGAGCACGUGUCUUACACAGAGAAGAAGCGCUACCACCCCAAGCUGGAGGUGUCCCACGAGGCAGAGGUGGAGCAGUUGCUGAAGUUUGGAACCACAGAACAUGGCGACAUGGAGGACCUCUUCGAAACUAUGGAGGAGGAGCUUCUCAGGCUGGCCCCGCCCCCGUUGCAGAAACGACACUACGAUGAACAGGAGAUGACAUUGCAGAUCACAGACCACCUCUGGGUGCAGCUGGACAAGGACGGUGUGGUGAUGGACCGGGCGGCCAUGACGAGGAUCCACUGCCUGGCGUUCCUCAACGGCCCAGGGGAGUGCUUCCUGGCUCUCAACGACUUGGGGCUUCUACGCUUCGAUGCCAGCUACGGCUCUGGCUCCGAGGAGGAUGACCUCCUGGAGGGUUGGAUGGAGAUCAGCGACUGCCACUUCCACAAGUGCAUCAACGACUUGGAGUUCCACAGGUCCCGGCUGCUCAAGUUCUCUCCUCCGGAUGCCUGUAGAGUAGAGCUGAUGCGCUACAAGACAUUAGCCCUGGGAUGUACCGAGCUACCCUUCUCCGUCAAAGCCGUGGUGACUGUCCAAGGGGCCUACGUGGAACUCCAAGCCUUUCUCAACAUGUCAGCCGCCUUCCCGUCAUUUACCGGAGUGCCGGAGACUCAGCCGCUCUGUGAAAAUGUCCUGAUCCGUGUGCCGGUACCGGGGGACUGGGUGAAGUUGUCGCGUACAGUGACGUUGCUACGACGUAAGUCACUGACGGCCAGGAUGAACCGGAACGCGUGUCUGGGGUCAGUCAGCGCUUCAGAGUCACAGCCAGUCAUGCAGGUUACCGUGGGGACGGUCAAGUAUGAGAAUGUGUACUCAGCCAUCGUGUGGAGGAUCGACAGACUGCCUGCUAAGAACAUGGCAGUGGACCAUCCCCAUACCUUCUCCUGUAAGUUAGAGCUUGGUUCAGACCAGGAGAUCCCCACUGACUGGUACCCGUUUGUCACAAUGGAGUGUGACAUGGUGGGGGCCGUGGUCACACAGACCAGAGUGAAGUCACUGGGCACAGAGAGUGACAUUCAGCCUCAGAAACAUGUUACCAGUAGGACUCACUAUCAUUGUCAGGUAGAAAUUGAGAAGAAGUGGAUUGAGACAGAAGCACAGGGGCAAUCAGGCUGCACAACACAGUAAUGAUUAUGAUGAAGGAAGUCUUAAAGGAUCAAGUCUCACAUUACCAUACUCCCAAGUCUCGUUCGUCGUGAGGAAGCCUGGAAUUUAGGCUAUACGCAGAAUGCCCAUUUCCUUUUGCCAACCAAACUCAUCCUCCCUGUUUCAAUACAAGGACAAAUGUUUAAAAGGGACAUCAUCUUUUAUAUUGUGUGUUCGUUGUGUAUGUUUUAUCACCUAUAAGUCUGACAUAAUAUUGUUUGGCCCUGUUGUACUCCUGUAUGUAUGGAUAUUAACACGUUGUAUAGCCUGGGUGCCAGACAUGACAAUUUUGUAAGGGGUUGGCAAGAGAGCAGAAACAGACUGGCAGCCAGGCUAGUUCUAACCUGCAUGGUAGAAUAGAAGUAGGCUACAACAAACAAAAAUAUUAUCAUUGGAAGAACGAACAACCGAACACACAGCCCUACCAUCACAAUGCACUUUACAUUUCUCUCAGAAGAUUAUUCAUUGUGAAAUGACAGGAGGUUGAAGAAGCUCUCUUUAUAAAAGAGGAAAUACCAUGUAUAAUCUUGUAGACUUGCAUUUAACACACUCACAGGACUGGUUUUCCCGACACAGAUUAGGCACAGGAGGUUGCUGAGGGGAGAUCGGCUCAUAAUAAUGGGCGGAACGGAGCAAAUGGAAUGGCAUUAAACAUCUGGAA